GACUUGUUUACUGGUGGAGAAGCUCGCAGAAAGAGAGACGGAAAGAGGGGAACCUGAGGGAGAGCGAUCUCUGGACGGAACGGGAAUCCAAGUUUUUACACUUGACCCGUCUUUUUAAGCCUUUUCACGUUUGUUUACCUCAUUUCGUUUUGUCCACCGGAGACGGGAUACUCACUUUAUGUGUGUGUGCGUGUAUGGGCUUUGCUUUUUUAUGCCCCACUGUACCACCGACUCGGAAACCUCGUUUGUUUUGGAUUAGCUAGCUAAGGUUAGCUGUUCUCUCUCUCUCUCUCUCUCUCUCUCUCUCUCUCUCUCUCUCUCUCUCUCUCUCUCUCUCUCUCUCUCUCUCUCUCCUCCCGUCAGCUCAUGUUAAUCUGAGAAAAGCGACGGGCGGCGUGCUGAAGAGUUUUCCCACUUCACAGCGCCGUGCAGGUUAAAUGCGGACAUUAUUUUUGUAUUUUACACUCUCAGUGGGAAUCCGGGAGAAGUAGCGUGUAUCUCUCCCCCUCCACCCACCCACCCCUCCCCGCAAGUUUUGAUCGCCUGUUUGCUUUCCCUCCGGUUUGUCGUUUUAUGGCCGUUGAGUCGUUUUGCGGCGCGCUGGUCAGCGGGGUGAAGGAGUUCAGAGGAAGGUCGCGGUGAGGAAAGCGGCACGUUUUUCCUGCACGUAGCAGCUCUGAGGAGUUUCCUGGGAUGUGCUCCUGCCCCCCCUUAAAUAGAGGAUGUUUGCAAGAUAACGACAAAAACUGGAGGGGGUGAUAUUAAAGACUGGAGGACUUCUCUUCUGAACGGAGACUGCGAAAGCCUCAGCAGCCAACUCCCGUCGUCGGCUUGACCCAUGCCUGCAGGAGGACCGGAGGAAAACACUGACUUAUAACACUGUGCAUCAGAAAAAAAAAAAAGAAAAAAAAAACACUGCUCGCAGUUUGUUGUUAAAGUGAGUCUUCCCUCAUCUCAGCAGUGCAUUGCAGAGAAAUGAGCACGGGACCAGUGGACCUUCAUACAGGACCUCCAAACUAGCUUUUCGCAUGUGGGAUAUUAGACAUAAGAAACGGUAAUACCGUUAUUUUUCUCUGAAUCCAGCCGAGCACCAAAGUCAAACAGAUGAACGUGGACUGUCGCCUUCACUUAUGGAAAAUGAAGAUUUUUACUCGCACAUGUGUAGCCAGAACCCAAGAUCACGUUAUUUAGAGGCCUGCUUUUUUUUCCAGGUCUCACAAACUUGACGGGUCUGAUAAUCAUAAAUUUAUUACCACCCCCCGGUUUACAGGGGGGUGGGAGUUAUACCAGCAUUUGGACCUCAAGUUUUAACACUUGUUUCACUUGCUUUUGAAGAGACAGUUCUCUGUCGAAAUUGUUUUGUUUUGCUUUUUGGAGAAGCUUCAUUCAAGAGGAGCACACACCUGACUCAUCCUCCAGUAAAAAUGAGCCGGUCGACGCUGAAGCUGAGAGCCCAAGUGGUGUUUUUUAUCAUCUGCACCUGCAUCGUGUGCCAGUGUGGACUAAUCAACGGAGAAAUUUGCCAGAGUAAAGACAUCCGGAAUAAUGUGACCAACCUCCAGCUUUUGGAGAAGUGCACCAUCAUCGAGGGCCAUCUAAAGAUCCUGCUCAUGUUCAAGACCAAGACUGAAGACUUCCGGGGCCUUAGUUAUCCGAAACUGAGAGUAGUGACUGACUACGUGCUGCUGUUCAGGGUCUAUGGGUUAGACAGCCUCAGUGAGCUGUUCCCCAAUCUGACUGUCAUCAGGGGCAACAACCUCUUCUUCAACUACGCCCUUGUGCUCUACGAGAUGCUGCAGCUGAAAGAGGUGGGCCUCCAUAGCUUAAUGAACAUCACCCGUGGCGCAGUGCGGAUAGAGAAGAAUCCCGACUUGUGUUACAUUGCCACCUUGGACUGGUCUAAGAUCCUGGACUCUGUGGAGGACAAUUUCAUUGUGGCCAAUAAGAACGACAGGGAGUGCGGGGAUGUGUGUCCUGGCACGGCCCAAGGCCAGACCAUCUGCCCUCAGAGCACCAUCAAUGGACACUUCAGGGGACGAUGCUGGUCGCAGAAUCACUGCCAGAGAAUGUGUCUGGACAACUGCAAACACGGUGCAUGCAGCCUUCAGGGUCAGUGCUGUCAUGACCAGUGCCUCGGUGGCUGUUCUGAGCCAGGUAACGCCAGCAGCUGCGUCGCCUGCAGGAACCUCCAGCAUGGAAGCACCUGUGUGGAUAAAUGUCCUCCAGGAUUCUAUGUCUUCAGGGGCUGGCGUUGUGUUAGCUUCUCUUUCUGCCAGGAACUACACAACCAGUGCAAGCAGACUAAGAAGCGGAUGCAGGACCGGGAGUCAGGCUGCUAUGAAUAUGUCAUCCACAACGGGGCCUGUAUCCACGAGUGUCCUUCUGGAUACACCAUAAAUUCUACCACGUUGAUGUGCUCGCCGUGUGCUGGCCUCUGUCCUAAACUCUGUGUGGGGAAUAAGAUGAUCGACUCGGUCACUUCAGCCCAGGCUAUGAGGGGCUGCACCGUUCUUCAGGGCAACAUGAUCAUCAAGAUUCGAGGAGGAAAUAACAUAGCGGCUGAGUUGGAGGCCAGUUUGGGUCAGAUUGAGGAGAUCACCGGAUACCUGACUGUUCGCAGAGCUUACGCCCUGGUCUCCCUCUCCUUCCUUCGUAAACUCCGCAUAAUCCGCGGAGAACAUCUUGAGGCAGACACCUAUGCUUUCUACGCGCUGGACAACCAGAACCUGCGUGAACUGUGGGACUGGUCGAAGCACAACCUGACCAUCCAGCGUGGCCGCAUGUUCUUCCACUACAACUCCAAACUUUGCAUGUCUGAGAUUAGAAAGAUGGAAGAGAUAACAGGAACCAAGGAGCGCAACCAAAAGAAUGACAUCGCUGUCCGCAACAACGGGGACCAAGCCUCCUGUGAGACGAAGCUGCUGAAAUUCACCACAAUUAAAACCUCAUCCAAUAUGAUCAUCCUGAAGUGGGAGGCUUUUUGGCCCUCAGACUUUAGAGACCUGCUGGGAUUCAUGGUUCUCUACAAAGAAGCGCCAUUUAAAAAUGUGACAGAGUUCGAUGGGCAGGAUGCCUGCGGCUCUAACAGCUGGGCGAUUGCUGAUGUGGAUCCACCGGAUCGUUCCACUGACGGCAAGAAGGCAGAAGACCCGGGGCACCUGAUCCGGCCAUUGAAGCCCUGGACCCAGUAUGCCAUCAUGGUCAAAACCCAGCUGUCCUCGUCCGACGAGCACCAAGUGCACGGAGCCAAGAGCGAGAUCAUUUACGUCCGCACCAAUGCUUCCAAGCCCUCUGUGCCUCUGGACCCCAUUUCCUCCUCCAACUCCUCCUCCCAGAUAAUCCUGAAGUGGAAGCCUCCCUCCAGUCCCAAUGGCAACAUAACCCACUACCGGGUCAUCUGUCGCAAGCAGCGCGAGGACAGCGACCUGUAUAAGUUCGACUACUGCCUCCAAGGGAUGAAGCUGCCGUCUCGCACCCCAACCCAUCUAGAUAGUGAGGACGAGCAGAAGUGGAACCACACAGACGAGCCCACCUCGGGGGGCGGGUGCUGCGCCUGUCCCAAGACGGACAGCCAGCUAAAGAAGGAGCAGGAGGAGAUUGAGUACCGGAAGACCUUUGAGAACUACCUCCACAACGAAGUCUUUGAGACCAGGCCUUCUCGUCGGCGCCGCUCGUUGGGAGUUGCUAACGGCACCCAGACUCCUUUCUUCCUCACCACAAUCCCAGAUCUGCCGUUUGGAUCCACCACUGCAUCCCCAAAUGACGAAGAUGAGGACCAAGAGGGAUAUAAGGUGGAGCUGAAGGUGUUUUCUAAGGAGUCAACAGUUAUCUCCAACCUGUACCACUUUACCAGCUAUAAGAUAGAGAUCAUGGCCUGUAACCAUCCCACCGAUUUCAAACGGUGCAGCAUGGCAACUUAUGUCAGUGCUCGAACUAUGCCAGAGGAAAAAGCUGACGACAUCCCAGGUCCUGUGACCCAUGAGAUAGUGAUAGCAGAGCCUCCUUAUGUUUUGAUCAAGUGGAAUGCUCCUCAGUCCCCUAAUGGCCUCAUCAUCCUGUACGAGGUCUUCUACAAGAGGGUUGGCGAUUCAGAGGUUCACACUGUGUGCGUGUCACGGCCAGCUUACCUGAAGUCAGGCGGCGCAAAGCUUUCACUUGUGCAUCCCGGGAACUACAGCGUGCGGGUCCGAGCCACCUCCUUGGCAGGAAACGGCUCUUUUACUGGAACCACUUACUUCGUCAUGCCGAACCCUGAUCCUGGUUUGGUUUGGAUCGUGCUUGGUCCGGUGAUCUUCUUCAUCCUGUUGUUGGUCGUGGGAGGUGGAAUCUUUGUGGUACUUAAGAAAAGGCAUACUGAAGGUCCGCUAGGAGAUCUCAUCACUUCACCAAACCCUGAAUAUUUCAGCGCCAAUGACAUGUAUGUUCCCGACGAGUGGGAGGUUCCCCGGGAGAAGAUCAAUCUCCUCAGAGAGCUCGGCCAGGGCUCGUUCGGCAUGGUGUACGAGGGAAUUGCCAAGGACAUCGUCAAAGGAGACCCCGAGACGCGUGUCGCCGUCAAGACGGUCAACGAGUGUGCCAGCCUGCGAGAGAGGAUUGAGUUCCUGAACGAGGCCUCUGUCAUGAAGGCUUUCAGCUGUCACCAUGUGGUUCGUCUGCUUGGUGUAGUGUCCAAAGGUCAGCCCACACUGGUAGUGAUGGAGCUGAUGACCCACGGCGACCUGAAGAGCUACCUGCGGAGUCUCCGGCCAGACUCUGAGAACAACCCGUCAGGCUGUCCACCACCUACCCUGAAGGACAUGCUCCAGAUGGCUGCAGAAAUUGCAGAUGGAAUGGCCUACCUCAACGCCAAAAAGUUUGUCCAUAGAGAUUUGGCAGCCAGAAACUGCAUGGUGGCCGAGGACUUCACCGUCAAGAUCGGAGACUUCGGUAUGACUCGAGACAUCUACGAGACUGACUAUUACCGUAAAGGAGGGAAGGGCCUGCUGCCCGUCAGAUGGAUGGCUCCGGAGUCGCUGAAGGAUGGAGUCUUCACUGCCCACUCUGACUGCUGGUCAUUUGGCGUUGUGCUGUGGGAGAUCAGCACUCUGGCAGAGCAGCCUUACCAGGGUUUAUCCAACGAGCAGGUUCUUAAGUUCGUGAUGGAUGGAGGGUACCUGGACCGACCAGAGAACUGCCCCGAGAGGAUGCACAACCUCAUGCAGAUGUGCUGGCAGUACAAUCCCAAAAUGCGGCCGAUGUUCCACGAGAUCAUCGAGAUGCUACGGGAGGAUCUACACCCUUCUUUCCAGGAGGUCUCUUUCUUCUACAGCGAGGAAAACAAAGUCCCCGAGACAGAGGAGUUUGACCUGGACCUGGACAACAUGGAAAGUAUCCCCCUGGACCCAUCUUCAUACUCCCAGAGAGAGGAGAGCUUAGGCAGGGACAGCGGGCCCUCGGUGGCCCUGAGGGGGAACUACGAGGAGCAUGUUCCCUACACACACAUGAACGGUGGCAAGAAAAAUGGAAGAAUCUUAUCAUUGCCCAGAUCGAGCCCUUCCUAACAUUUCCUGUUUCCCUAAAGAACUUGUUAAAUCCUGUCCCCUUCUUUUCCCAUCCCCCCCUUCUUACAGUCCACUUUUUCUGUAUCGUUCGUGUUUCUUCUCAUCAUUUUCUGAUGAUUUUUUCUUAUUCUCGGAGAAGCCCUUCAAAAAAAAAAAAAAAAAGAAAGGAAAAAAAAAGACAGAUCUCAGGACUUUUUGUUUCUCUUCCUCACAGCUGCCGAGCACAGGCAGGCAAGUGAUGCAAACAUGGUGUAACUCUUUUUUAACUUGCUCCUUAACACAUCAGACUUUAAAUUAUCAGAAUACCUGUCUUUUGUUUUUCACUAUUGCCACGUUUCCAGGACUCCCAGUGACGGAAACAGAAAAAGAAAAGAAAAAAAAAAAAACUGUGAACACAACAAACCUUAGACAACCAAGAAGGCUGCUCAUGCUUAAACCUCCUCAAGACUCGUCCCUUCUC